GUGAAGUUGUAUUUUCUGAAAUAUUAAAAAUGGCGUCUAAAUAUAUUCUGUGAUAUUUCAGUUGACAAUAACCUAAUCAAAAUACGCUGAGCCUGAUGUAAAAAGGAAUGCAAACAUCGCCAUUGUAGAAUAUCUUCAGAAAAAAAUGAUGAGCCAGGGGGAUGGGGAGGUGUCUCACGUCACAGACGCAGAACAUGUUGCAGUCAAGGUCAUGGCCAACCAUCUGAUGGAUGACAAGGACACGCUGUCUGCAAUCUCCCAUCAUGUCCAUGAUGUGGACGGAGAGAGCCAUGUGUUUGAAGGCAGUCUGGACGAGUCAAGUCAGGACAAGGACGUGAAGCCCUUUCUCAUAGUCAGCCCUACAGGCACUGCUGCAUUUGAUGUGGGCACACUGGAGAUGCUGCCAGAUGAGCCGUUAGACGGGGAACCCCCACUGAAACGUUACCGGGUGCAGGCAGAUGAUGGACAGUCAUAUAUCCUCACAGUCACAGCAAAUGGCAGCAACCAAGGGGAGUCACUCUUGGCCACUGAGCACCAGUAUCAGGCACGCCAGGAUGAAGACAGCAGUGUGCUGGGUGUGAGAGGUCAGAGGUCGAGUGACGGGGUCAAAAGGAACCAGCUGCUCAAAGCAGACGUCUCCCAGGCCUGGUUCACCACACGCGAUGACAAGAAUAUUCUGCAAAAGUCAGGUGCCUCCUGGAAGCAGGGUCAGUGGACCAAGGAGGAGGUCGACAUUUUGCAGUCCAACAUUGCCGCAUACUGCCAGGAACAUGAUAUCAGUGACCCAACAGUGAUCAUCUUCGAGAUGUCAAAGGACGAUCGCAAGCAGUUCUACCGCACCAUUGCCAAGGGCCUUCAGCGCCCGCUGUUCUCUGUGUACCGCCGCGUGACGAGAAUGUACGAUCAGAAGAACCAUAUUGGCAAAUACACGCAAGAGGAGAUGCAGAAACUGAAAGAGUUACGCACACAGCACGGUUCAGACUGGGCGUCCAUUGGUCAGGCGCUAGGUCGCAGUGCGUCCUCUGUGAAGGACAAGUGUCGCCUGAUGAAGGACAUGUGCAACUCUGGCAAGUGGCUGCCAGAGGAGGAGAGGAGACUCACACAGGCUGUGUAUGACCUUGUUGGCGGGCGACCAGGUGAGGAUGUUGUGCAUGGUCUGUCCUGGGCGUUGGUGGCUGAGCGAGUGAUUACAAGGUCAGAGAAGCAGUGUCGAACCAAGUGGCUCAACUACAUGAACUGGAAGAUGAAGGGGGGCCGAGAGUGGACGCGUGAGGAUGACAUCAACCUUAUUGCUAGGGUUGCAAACCUUAGCGUGGAGGAUGAUACAGAGAUUGACUGGGAUGCCCUUGCCAAAGACUGGCCCAGUGCCAGAUCUCCACAGUGGCUGAGGGGAAAGUGGUGGCAACUGAAGAAGAACAUACCAGACUACCAUAUCAUACCAUUCAAAGAAUUGCUGCACAACAUGGAGACUGUAUAUGUGAUGAAUGUGAGGGUGCGUAACACCAUCGGUACGGCACGCACACGCAGGCUAGAGACGCAUAUGGAGGAGUCCUUGAGCGACGGACUUCAGAGGAUGUCAGAUGACAGCCUGUCUGGGGUGGAUGUGGGAUCAGCCUACGAGGUCCUUCAACACCUACCGUCAAGCUGUGGCUCGUACAUCAUCACCCAGAGCCCUGGGUCCAUCGCUCACACCUCCACUGAGCACAUCAUAGUGCAGACACUCCCAAUAUGUCAGAUAUCAGAUGGUGACCUGGGCCUGUCCUCACAUGUGGUGAUACGGUUACCGUCCGGGCCUGACCUCAGUGAUGGGGAGGUGACCCUGGAAGACCAGUCUGACAUCACCUCAGCCAUCCAGCUGUCGGAGACCAUAGAUACAUCUCAGCAGGGGCUUGAAGUUCUCAGUGACGGCAGUGUCAUCUCACGGUCCGACUCACUCAACGACGACAACGGAUUCUCCACACAUACCCUGGAGGAGUCCGUGACCUCCAGUCCAAGGGGUGUGGGGAUGGUCCUGAAACAGCAGUCAUAUGCCCCUGUCACCAACGGGCAACUCAUGACCUCCUACUCAGACCCUAUGCUAAAUUCAAACAGUAGCAGCCUAAUGGGCCCUACCUCUGAUGUGGAAACGGACAAGUCACAACCUGACGAUAUGAUUGUGAAUAUCUGAUGGGAGAACAAGACGAAUACCAAUCAGAUGUUAUUGUGAACAUCAAAUGACUGUGCAGAUGAACCACAUAUGUUGUGAUAAUAUGAUUGUGAACAUCAGAUUGGGACAUAAAACAAAUCACACUCAAAUAAUAUGAUUGUUUAAGCCACACACUUUGCCUCCGACCUUGAAAUUAUACCAUGUUAAUCAAUACAUAUAGAUGCAAUUUGAAAGUGUGCAAAAUUGUCAUUAAAUCUAUAAGUUAGUAAGUAAUUUAUUAUUUUUCAAACUGUACCACUUUUAAAACUGAAAGAAGGAUUUCUAUAUGUAUACGUCAAUUUCGACAGACGCUAUUAAUUUUAAGUUUUUAAACACAAAAGAGAGGGAUUUCUACCUUGUUACCACCAGAUAUAUUCUAAUUGGCAUAUAUGCAAGUUAUGAAGUAUUUUUCAAACGGUACUGUUUUUUAAACCGAAUGAAGGAUUUCUAGACGUAUUAGUCCAUUUGGACAAAUGCGAUUAUUUUUAAGUUUUAAAGCGCAAAAAAGACAGAUUUCGACCUUGUUACCAGCAGAUAUAUUCUAUUUGGCAUAGAUAAAAUAUGGCUUUUAUUUAUACUUAAAUUUACUAUGCCAAUUACGCUGUGUGGGUUUAACAUCAGAUGUGGAAAUGGGCCAAUCUAACUCAGAUUAUAUGAUUAUUAACAUAAGAUGUGGAAAUGGGCCAUCACACUCAGAUUAUAUGAUUGUUAAAAUCAGAUAUUGAAAUGGACCAAUUACAUUGUGAUUAAAUGAUUGUAAAAAUCAUAUGCGGAAAUGGGCCAAUCACACUCUGAUAAUUUGAAUGUUAACAUCAGAUGUGGAAAUGGGCCAAUCACAUUGUGAUUAUUGUUAACAAUAACAUCAGAUGUGGAAAUGGACCAGUCAAAAUGUGAUUAUUGUUAACAUCAGAUGUGGAAAUGUAUCAAUGGCAUUGUGAUGAUUGUUAGCAUCAGAUGUGGAAAUGGACCAAUCACAUUGUGAUGAUUGCUAACAUUAGAUGUGGAAAUGGACCAAUCAUAUUGAUAUGAUUGUUAACAUCAAAUGUGAAAAUGGACUAAUUACAUUGUGAUUAUUGUUAAAAUCUGACAUGUAAAUAACAUUAACCAAGAGUAACAUAACAUGUGGUUUAGUGUUCAAUUGCUAUAAUUACAUGUACCUGCUAGUUUUAGUGGUAAAAGUGAAAAGUGAAAAAAAUAUUAAAGUCCUCAGACAUUGUUACAUUUAUUGCUAGCCUCUUAUUCCUUUGUAGGGAAGUUGUCAGUAGCUGGUCUUAUGUACCCUACGUACUGGUACACAAGCUACACAGAAAAAGUGUGAGCCUUUACCACUUAGAUAUGUAUUUUGAAGCAUUUGUAGUCCCUCAGAACGUUAAAUUUAAAUAAAGACUUUUCUUACUAGAUUGAAGUUUUAAAGGCUUCAUUUCCAACCCUAUGAAAAUGAUGAGCAGCAAACAGCAUAAAACCUUAACAGAUGGUGAGUUACUCGUAGGCUGUUCUGGUUUUAAGCUGUUUGUACAAAGCCAUUUUCACUUUACUUCUGAGUAGGAAAGGGUUAACUGACUGCCGUAAUAUGAUUGAAAAGCUUUGAAAACAGCGAAAAACCCUACUCAAUAAAUGAAUAGAGGAUAUUUGUUCGGUGGAAUAUCGAUUUUAUUUCACGAGUGAUCAUAUAAAAUAAUUUCACGAGUGGCCAAGCCACGAGUAAAAAUAUGUAUUUUUUAUGACCACGAGUGAAUUAAAAUUGUUAUUCAAUCAAGUCCAACAAAAUGUCAUUUUAUUUUAUGCUUUUUUUCACCGUUUAUUUACAUUGUAAAAGAGUUAACUGUAUAAUUUGCUGGAUAUAUGAUGUCAUUUCGUUGAAAAAAUGAUGUCAUUUCACAAUAAAACAGUGAAAAAAUAUUGAUAUUUUUUACUGUUAUUUUUCCCUGUUUCAAACAGUGAAAUACCAGUUUUAUUUCACUGAUAUUUCUCUAUAAAUCACCGUAAAGCAUAAAAUAAAUUGCUUUAUUUAUGAAAGAUCUCGCAUUACAAAUAUUUUUGUAUAACAAUCUAUUGUCUGUUGUUUAGUUUAUUACUGUUUUGUUUUUUUUCAAGUUGUUUGUAUUACAUGGUACCUGUGUUUUGAUUAUAGUUAAGUUAUUUUGUUAAUAAAUUUAUUAAAUUUGUGCACAUAA